UGCUGUGUAUGUCUCAGCACAGCAGAGAAAUACAAAGCAGCAUGUCUCUCUGUUGUAAAAAACACACACAGCACAUACGUACAAAGCAGUGUGCUAACAGUGAAAAACACACAGCCAACAUAGUGAAACAGCACACAAUUAACCCCUUGAUCACCCCAGAUGGUAAACCCUUCCUGCCCAGUGCCAUUAGUACAGUGUCAGUGCUUUUUAUUAGCACUGAUCAAUGUAUUGGUGUCACUGGGGAUGUCAGUGACACCAAGUCAGUUCCCUCCAGUGUCAGAAUGCCCGCUGCAGUCCCGCUAUAAGUCGCUGAUCGCCACCAUUACUAAUAAAAAUAAAAAUAAAAAAAAUCCAGUAUCUAUACUGCCAUUUGUAAACGCUAUAACUUUCAUGCAAACCAAUUAAUUUA